AGAGGAUAUAGAGGUGGGUGAGGCGGGCAACCGCUCAGUUUAACAAGGGCCGUCUAUGAUGGCGUGUGUCGUCCUGGGUGUGGCUACGGCCCUGCUCCUCUCCCUCCCCUCAACACAAGCCCUUUACAAUGAGGAUGGAUUUUCGCCUAGGGCUCACAUUCCUUCGGACGCCUUGAACGACGAACUUCUGGAAGAUGGAGAUAUUUCCGUAUCUAAAAAAGAGGUGACGGACUGGCUACAUCAGAACCCACACACCUUAGGCAAGAAGCAUGAGAUUGAUAAAUUGCUUGAAAUACUUCGCUCUGAUGAAGCAGAUGAUUAUCUCAAAGGGAUUCUGAAGGAUCUGUUUCAUGAUCUGAGGAGGGAAAUCAUAGAGUCUGAUGAAUAUGAGGGUGAUAAGGAUGAUGAGGACCCUCAUAACCUGAAGAAUUUUGAAGCUACUACCGACUUGGGUGAUGCUGACAACGAUGCUGACUCGGACGAGGACUUGCUCAAACAACAUGUGGCAGACAUCAACUUUGAGUUAGACUGUCAAGAAGAACAGUGCAAUGAAACCUUCGUCGACGACGCUUCUGAUUUUCCAGCCAAUGGUCAAGAAAAGUUACUGAGCAGAAGCAAGAGAUCUCCAUCACGUGUACGAUCCAGCUCCAGGUCAAGUUCCCGAGGGUCUAGCGGUGGCUGGCUAAGUAGGAGUUCUAGAAGAAGGGAUUCGAGUAGUGGUUCCAGAUGGGGAUCGCGUACCAGUAGUAGUAGUAGUAGUAGUAGGAACACUCCAUCCAGCAGCUCCAGUGCAUCCAAACCUUCUACUGGAACAAGUGGGAGCAGCAGUACUGGGUCAUCAGGGUCAUCGUACGGCUGGAACACUGGAUCGUCUGGCGGAAGUUCGGCUUCACAACCUAAGGUUGGUACAGGUGCCGGCGUCGCCGCAGGAGCCGGAGCCGCUACAGGCACUGCCAGUGGCUCUAGUUACCCGCUAGGCAAUAAACCAGCAGGAGGGUACCCCACAGGUUCCCAGCCUUCUGGAGGAUAUCCAGGUGGUACUCAACCGGUUGGUGGCUAUCCCUCAGGAACAAAGCCUGUUGGAGGGUAUCCUACAGCAACUCAACCAGUUUCAGGAUAUCCAGGUGGUACUCAACCGGUUGGUGGCUAUCCCUCAGGAACAAAGCCUGUUGGAGGGUAUCCUACAGGAACUCAGCCAGUUUCAGGAUAUCCAGGUGGUACUCAACCGGUUGGUGGCUAUCCCUCAGGAACAAAGCCUGUUGGAGGGUAUCCUACAGGAACUCAACCAGUUUCAGGAUAUCCAGGUGGUACUCAACCGGUUGGUGGCUAUCCCUCAGGAACAAGACCCGCUGGAGGAUAUCCUACAGGAACUCAACCAGUUCCAGGAUAUCCAGGUGGUACUCAACCGGUUGGUGGCUAUCCCUCAGGAACAAGACCCGCUGGAGGAUAUCCUACAGGAACUCAACCAGUUCCAGGAUAUCCUGGUGGAACUCAUCCCGGUGGUUACCCUUCUGGAAAUCAACCUUUUGGUAGUUACCCAUCUGGAAAUCAGCCUUUCGGUCGCUAUCCCACUGGCAAUCAACCUCAUGGUUAUCCUACUUAUGGUCAACCGCACGCUGGUUAUCCUGGCUCAUAUCAACCAGUCGGUGGAUAUCCUUCAGCGGUGGGCCGACCUGGUGGCUUUCCCUCGCCAGGAAUGGUUGCCGGUGGCUUCGCUGCUGGAAGCAUGGCGGGUAGGGGCUUCGGCGGAUACCCAGUGGGCGGGUACCCCAUGCCACAGAAGAGGAAGAAAAGCAAGAAAGACAAGGCGAAAGACGUCGUUAAGACGGUAGUGGCCGGCAUCGUAGCCCACAAAGUUGCCAAAAAGAGCAAGUUCCUCGCUCCCGGGCAUCUGUCAAGCUACGGCCACGGUUAUGGAGGUCUGGGAGGCAAGAUGGCCGCCGGCGGCCUGGCGGGCGCCGCUGGAGGAAAGGCUCUGAAAAUCGGGAAGAAGCUUCUAGGAGCUUACGUCAAGAUCCAGAUAGCCAAAUAUGCUCUCAAGUUUGGUGCGGAAGUAGCCAAGGCCUACUUUUUGCAUAAAAUGGGCCUAGACCUGGACGAGUACAUGAUUGGGAAGUUCGUCCAUCGCUACCACCAGUACAGGGUGAGAGGAGACUCCCGCUGGCGGUACUACCACCACCAUGGCAGCAAUAAACUGGACUCCGCUCAGGACACUAUCACACUCGGAGAGUUCUGUCAUCGGCCGUGCGUGGAGGGCGACUCUCGCAUCUGUCAGUUCAACUUUGACGUUCACCUCUACCAAACUAUGUCCAGGGCGUGCUAUGACUGUCCUCGGAACCUGACGGACUGUGAUCGACCAGACUGUGUCGCCGCUGACGGCAUCCGUAGGAUGGUCGUCACUGUCAACAAGCUUAUCCCGGGUCCUGCCAUACAGGUGUGUGUUGGGGACAAGGUGGUGGUGGACGUGAUGAACAACCUGCCCUCGACGGCCCUGGCCCUUCACUGGCACGGGCUGACCAUGGGGCCCUCCAUGGCCCUGCCCAAUGGCCGCCCGACGCCCUACAUGGAUGGCACUCCCGGUGUCACCCAGUGCCCCAUAUCCCCGGGCUCGGGCUUCAGAUACACCUUCUUUGCCUCUGAUCCUGGCACGCACUUCUGGCACGCCCAGGCUGGUCUGGAGCGAGGUGAUGGGGUGUUCGGCCCCCUCGUCGUCCACCAGCCCAUCACCAAGGACCCCAAGCAGAUGCUCUCGGAACACCUCCUCACCAUCAACGACUGGUCCCACAAGUCAACACAAGCACAAUACGCCAACAAGAACAGUGAAGGAGGAGACCCCAAGCCCGACGUCUUGCUCAUUAACGGAAGAGGACCUCAACAGCACCAGUGGGCAGGCGCCGGCUCCGACGGCCCGCCCCGCGUUUCCUACUCAAGAUUCAUGGUAGAAAAAGGCACCCGCUACCGUCUGAGGGUCAUCAACGCCGCCAGCACUAACUGUCCGGUGACGGUCACUCUUGACAAGCAUGACCUCAUACUCUUGGCUGCUGACGGUGCCUCCGUCUCUCCCGUCAACGUCUCAGCCAUACUUCUUCAUCCAGGUGAGCGCUACGACGCAAUGUUCUCAGCUGAGCAGGACCCGGAUGCCUCAGGAGGGACGUACUGGUUGAGGGUGACCGGGGGCGGCCACUGCUCGGGGCUCCAGCAGUUCGCUGCCCUUCAGUAUCUUCCCUCCAACUACACCCUCUACCAGCCUCUGCCGCCCAUCCCGCCCACGCCCACGCCCGCCACCAAUCCCUCGCCCGGAGCUGAGGAGUUCAGUGGUAAGUGUGGCAGCGAGGGUCAGCGGUGCCUGGCGGCCCUCCGGGCACAAGUGCCACUCCCAGAGAAGAUCCUGAACCUGAAGGCCACCUUCACCUUCUACCUGGCCUUCUCCUCCAAGAGCGUCCACAACCAGAACUUCUACUCCUUACUCUACUAUAACAUCUACGAUGAGAGCGAGGAGAAGCGAGUCAAGACCCCGCAGAUCAACCACCUCACCUUCCGCCCGCCUCCCAAGCCUCUGCUCGUGAACAGAAAGCCGCUCCGGUCGGAGAACUGCAACGCUGAUGCGGUGCGCCGAGGGCAGUGUAACGCAGACUUCUGCGAGUGUAUCCACUCUCUAGACGUGCCCCUCGGGGCUGUCGUCGAUCUCGUCCUUAUUGGCGAAGGCCCGACCAAUGGUACCCCAUACCCGGUCCACCUUCACGGGUACAAGUUCUGGGUACUGAGCCACGUGGAUGCCUCCAGGGUACCCGAGGUCUCAGAGGUUCCUAGCAGCGUCAAUGCGACCUCACCUUCGUCAGACAAUAAUACCAUAGUCGUCGAGGGCGCCUUGGAAGCUCUGACCGCCGGGUUGAAGAGCGAGUUCCUCACCAGGGAGAAGGUGAUGCAGUUGGAGAAGGAAGGGAAGUUGGUGAGAUCAAUGGAGGAUCCAGUCAUAAAGGACUCGGUCGCCAUACCCCCUGGAGGCUACACUAUUGUAAGAAUCGCCGCAGAAAACGCAGGUGUGUGGGCGCUGGAGAGCCAGGUGUUGAUGGACGCCCAGGCGGGCAUGGCCCUCGUCCUGCAGGUGGGCACCGCCAGCGACCUGCCCAAGACUCCCCCGAUUGAUUUCCCAACCUGCUGAGACUCCACAAAAGAGUUGGGCUCGUUACCCCCCAUCGAGUUGUAGUGCCAGCACCAUACACAACACCGUCACAACACCGUCACAACACCAUACCCAACACGUCCACCAACAACACCAGAAUCUCACAACACCUUCACACUCGCCAUAAGACACAUAACAGCCUCUCAACAACAGCCUACAACAACACAAAUUCCCCGCCACACACUCUGUAUAACCAAAAUAACCUCUUAUUCUUAACCUAACCUUAUAUACGUAUCCUUUACAUAACCAUUCUAUUUUUAUGACAUUAUUUAUGCUAUGACUUAAGAAAUAACUGAACGUGUCAUCCAAAGUGAAUAUUUUAGUCGUGUGUGGAACUCUGCGUUCGUGCGUCAACGAUCCGACUGGCAGGAAUCCGACUUCACACAGGAUAUUAGGCUAUUGUGUAUUUAGUAUAGAUGGCUUGUAUUUUUUGUAUUUAAUAUCGUUGUAUGUUGCGAAUGACGUUGUAGAACUAAAGUAGCAAAACAUGAAGAACUAAAGUAGCAAAAACAUGAAGGAAUUAAAUGG